CUGUCAGACGGAGGGGGGACGGGGACGGGGGGUGACGGAUUGACAGAGACGCACGCACACCAGAGACAUGCGCGGACGGACAAGCGGUGCCAUGGCGACGGCGGACAGCGCGGGAUCCAGCGUCCCUGGUCGGCUGAGAUGUGGCGAUCUGCUUCACAGCGGUCUGGUAGUGGCUCUGCUGCUCGGUGUUUGGAGUGUUGGUGGACUGGAGGUCACGACGAGUAAAGUGCCUCUACUUGAAGCAAUUAAUGGCUCCACGGUCCUGCUGCCCUGCACCUACUCCUCCUGCAUUGGCAUCAAAAACCUCUACUUCAACUGGCACUACGACGACAAUGGCACCCUGCUCAAGUUAUGUGAGGGGGUGAUUCCUAUUGAGGGUGUGGAGCCCCGGGUCAGCGUGUACCACGAGCGCGUGGAGUUUGUCGGCUCUUCGAAGAGCAACAACAUCUCCAUCCUGCUGUGGAACAUCACCUUCGAAGAUGAGGGAACGUACGUCUGUUUCGCCAGGAACCCAAAAGAGAAGUACCGCAACCACACUGCUUUCUACGUUCUUAAAGUGGUGGACCAACUGAAGGAGAUUGAAACGACUUUGACCACCAUCAUCGUCUCCGUGGUGGGCGGAGUCAUUGGGAUAGCCAUCCUGGCCAUGGUGAUAAAGGCCUUGGUUGUUCACUUUCUGCUGAAGGAUGACGAGAAGAACAAAGAGUGCCUGGUGAGCUCAGGGAAUGACAACACAGAAAACGGGGGUUCAGGAGCCAAAGCAGACAACAAAGGGACACCGAAGGCAUGAGCGAAAAGCACGUCUGUAUGUCCGUGUACGCGUUGAGGCUAAUGUACAGGCUCAUAGAAGGAGCUGUUACCAGGGGACUGUUUUAUCUUUACUAGCGGCUAACGCGACGUGUAAAUUUCUAUUUAAAAUCAUGCUUCAGAUUGGGGAAGCGUGGAAUGUACACGUGCCUGGAUCCCUCUCUCAGCUACGCGUCGGCCCAUUUGUUACGCACCGUGCGCAGCCUCCGUUACCGGCUCUCCUGGAAGCUGGAAAAUAGUUUCUCUGGUCUCAAGAAAAACUGGUCUCCAGUACACUUGCUGUUUUCAUACCCGCUUUACAUCAUCUUAGAGGAAUCAUCUUGCCCAAAAGCAGAUCCUCUGUUUUCCUUAUUUUUGAGCAAAUUGGAAUAAUAGACUGCCACUUCAAGCCCCCCCCCCCCCCCCCCCCAUCUACAACCCAAAGUCAAACUUGGACCCAAAAGAACUUAACCAGUGGCAGCAAACACACCUCGAUGCCACGGUGAAUUGCCAAAACCUACGUACUGCCAUGAUGCCACAAUGUCAUCAUUUUUCAGUUCACAAAAUGUGUUAAAUCUACUAAAAUUACAUAUUUUCAACACAUGUUUGACCAUUUUUGUGAUUAACAAGAUUGUUUUCGAAACAUUUUUGCCCUGAUCUUUUAUUUUUGAUGAUCUGACCGUUACAUACUGCCAUUGCCGACCGGAAUUUCCACCUGGAACGUUUACGGCCGGGUCCAGGUUUGACCUGCUGACGGGGGGGGAGUUUGGUCCAUUAGUGCCAACCGUAGAUUUUUUUGAUUGGCUACUUCCCGGCCGAGGCCAACAACUGGGCUCUCUUAGGUGACUGAAGGAUCCAGUGAUGCACAGGUUUAUUGUUUUGCUCUAGAUGAAACACAGGUGCCUGUUCUGCUUCUGCUCCCUCUGCUGGUGGGAAGAUGAAAAAAUAAAUAUAUUAAAAAAACCAAUCCUAUCCCUCAUGAAAGACAAUCCCUAGAUUACCCAGCUCCCUAUAGAAACCAAUGACAUUGAUCAUGCUGCUUCUGAGUAAUAACCAAUGCAUUUUUAGCAUGUGUGCAUUUGAUAUAACUUCCCGUGUAGUGUACGUUGUCUCGGGCCACAGUAGAGGAACGUUUCUGUGUGUCCCCGUAUGGUCCCAUUGAACCCCUCACAUCGCCUCCAAUCGCCUGAAGCUCCCUCAAUUGCUUGAUGAACACCUCCCAACUCUGCCCCCGACCAUUCUCACCCUUUUAAACCGGGUCCCACGGAUGGCCCGCAGGUAUUUGCGGGUAAAGAAAGAGUUAACGGCAUUUGACACUUCAUUCAAAAGGGAAAGCGUGAAUCACACGAUGGAACAACUGGACGUUUAGUGAGAAAGUGGCCCCUUGGCCAGUGGCGUAUCAGCAGGAUGUCGUGUGCGGAGUGCAACAUAAUACAAUUACACAACCACAUUUCCGUGCCUGUAUGCAGACUCUAACUGGCUACCUUCCAAUAAUAAACCAACCGCAAGAAAACACUUAACCCCACGAGUCCCUUGGUGCUGCCUCAGUAAAGCGGGUAGCACAACAUUAGGACAGAAAAAGAAUGAUUGUCAGGGAAAUGAUGUUUAAUAUCAUUUAUGAAUAGUAUAUUUUCAUCCGUCCUGAACUCAAUAUAGUAAUCCUAAAAUCAAAUGAAUGUUUGAAUAGACUUAAAGGCCAGUGGUUUAUUUUUCUUUGCCAACAACCAGCCGAUAUCAGUUGGUGGUUUCUAAAUAGUACUGCUGUCAUAGUUUGGAGGGUCCUUGGAGUAAAUAAACAGAUAUAAAAAUAUA